CCGGCCGGCCUGCACGCGCGGAUGAUGCGCUAGCCAUGCUCUCGCAGAAGCUCUCGUACGGCGACGUGCCCACGUCCGCCUCGCUGUCGUCCCUGUCGCCGGGGCUCGCGCCGCCCUACGUCAAUGGCAUGGGCUGCAUGCCAGCGCAGCCCUACCCCAACCUAUACUCCAACAACAUGGUGGCAGGCGGCUCGUGCAUGGGCUCCCCUGGCGUGGGCUACUCGCCGCCCAGCUCCAUGGCGUCGUGCAUGGGCGGCGGCGGCGCCGUGCCGUACGGCGCCCUGCCGCGCGAGCAGGAGGCCGCCUCGCCCACCUCCGCACUGCAGCGCGCGCGCAACGACAAGACUUACCGCCGCUCCUACACGCACGCCAAGCCGCCCUACUCCUACAUCUCGCUCAUCACGAUGGCCAUCCAGAACAAUCCGUCGCGCAUGCUGACGCUCUCCGAGAUCUACCAGUUCAUCAUGGACCUGUUCCCGUUCUACCGACAGAACCAGCAGCGUUGGCAGAAUUCGAUCCGGCACUCGCUGUCGUUCAACGACUGCUUCGUGAAGGUGCCGCGCACGCCCGACAAGCCCGGCAAGGGCUCGUUCUGGACGCUGCACCCAGACAGCGGGAACAUGUUCGAGAACGGAUGCUUCCUGCGGCGGCAGAAGCGGUUCAAGGACGAGAAGAAGGAAUCAAUGCGGCAAGCGCAGAAGGCUGCGCACGGGCAUGGGCACGGGCACGAGAAACGCGGCGAGGGCCACGACAAGCCGGGCGCGGGUGGCGGCGGCGAAGACAAGGAGAUGCGCGACGAGCUACUGGCGCAGCUGCACGCGGCGCCCGAGCUGUGCCUGCCCGAACACGCGCCGCUCGCGCUGGAACACUAUGCGCAGCUGAAGCAGGAACCGGCAGGGUACGCGCCCGCGCCGCACCCCUUCAGCAUCACGCGCCUGCUGCCCGCCGCCGACUCCAAGACCGACCUCAAAAUGUACGACGUCAACUACGGGUACGGCCACACGCCCGACAAUUACUACCAGUCGCCACUGUACCACCAUCACGCGCACGCGCACGCGCAACCGCCCUUGUGACAGUACCCGCUGGCGUAGGCUGCGCGGCGUGGCUGGCUGCCGCCCGACCACGCGCCGCCCUAGCCGCCGCGCCCAGCCGCCCUGCGCCCAGCCGCCCUGCGCCCAGCGCCCGGCGCCCAGCCGCCUACUACACGUAAGUGCGCGAACCACGGAUAAUUACUACAAUCUCAUCUUAACUUAUUGAUAUUGGACUCCUAGUGAGCGUGAUUCUGUGUUCUGGUGAUAUUCUCGCCCCCCGGGGACGUUCUGUACAUUGUUUAUGUGUAAAUAUCGGCUACUGUUUGGAGGAGUCCGUCUUGUGUGCGUUAGGUAGAGUAGUGUCGCGCGGCGGCGGCGCGACGUAGGCCUAAAUGUGGGACUCUGCGGAAGUGUCCUUCACGGCUGCUCUGCGCGGCCUCGUAUCACAACUCUUAUUGGAAUAAGCCACAACACCGCUAACUAUACGAAUAACCAAAAAAUAAUACUCAUUCCGUUACUACUCAAAAUUAAACCACAACAGUGCUUUUCCCGCCCAAACAAAAUCCGUUGUCGCUAAUCUGAACAAAUCGAUCAAUAAGAUAGCGGUCCGCUAUCGCGUAUCGACGUUUUAUCAACAUUCAGAUAAAUUAUUUAUUUACCCAGCGCCCGUUGAAGUCUUUUGUAUGGGAAAUGUCAACAAACCUUCCUGGUCCCCAUGUCUUUAAGAAAUGUGCCGUUUAAUAACAUUCAAGGACUGUGUUUUUUAUGAAACAACAUUUUUUAUGAGGGUAAAAUUUAUUCUGUGAUAAAAACAUACUAAAUAUCCGUUGAGCGAAUGAAAAAAUAUAUAUUUGAUCAUUUUCUUUCGACUUAGAAGUCAAAUGUGUCGAAAUAAUCUACUUUUGUUAUUUUUUUACCGGAAGACUAAAUGAGAGCAUUAGUAGGUAACCCUUUUAACUAUUGUUCGUUUAUCGCAUUUCCGUUUUCUUAAAUCUUACUUUGUGGCUUUAGAAAAGUGUAGAGACAUUGACGUGAACCUCACUUUUGUUGCUAAAAAUAUUUAAAUUAAAAUAUUAUGUUUGACUUAAAAAUAAAAGUGAUGUGUUUUAUAUACAUACGUACCUACCUACUUUUGCCUUUUCCGUAGUAGCGUCCUUAGAUUCGUGUGAAAUUCACAUUUGGUCGUCAUUAACAAAGUGCUAUUUUUACGAGUGUUUCAAAACUACAAUAAGUUGCAUAAUCUGACACAAACAACGUUAUAAUUUUGUAAUAAUAUAUAUUGAAGUUAUGAUAUAUUGAAAUUGAGACCUUAAUUUUUUGUAAUUUUAGUGUUUUUUCAUUAGAUAUACGGAUAUCUAGACUUUAUUUGUAUUUUUUUGAUUACAUUACAGUUUGACAGAAGUUAGUUUUAAAGUAAUUUAAAGGACAUAAUAUACUUUUUUUUUCACUAUUUCUCUCUUUUGUAUACAUGUAUUCUUUCAAACAGUGUAUGAUUUUUUAAAAACGAUUUCAUUUUAGUCAAUUUUGCGUUAUACUUAUACCAUCAGAGUUAUUGCGAAUAAUCUUGGAGAUUCUUUAUUGCGUUCAAAUAAAGUGAUACCCAAUUAAAUACAGAUUGGACUGCCGGUUUUAGUGUGCGUAAUCGAAUUAAUGUAUUUUGAUAGUAAUAAUCAGACUCCCAUUUUUUUAUCAAAUCAGUGAAAGAAACAAGGUAUAGAGGAUUGAAAAUAAUUACGUUAAAACUUAUACUUAUCUAAAAAACUGAACAUCAGCUCAGCAAAAUGUUGUGAUACACAAUACUGAUUUUCAGCUGAGCCCAACAAAACUAAAAUUUAAAAGCAUAAGUUUAAACGUAAAUCAAGUUACCUGUGUUAUUCAGGCAUCGGAUAGACCUUGCACCUUUCGGGUAUACCAUUCUAGUCAUCUACAUAUUUUAGGACUAACCUCUUCUUGAAAAAAUUAAAACGCGUUUUCCUUAUAAAAUUCCGUUACUCAUACAACAUAUUGGCCCCGAUUCCUGCAGACACAUCCAAAUUUUAUUUUAAGUAUACUUGACAUUUUCUUAUCCGCCGAAAAGGAAAGGGACAGAUGAUAUACAACUGUUAAUUUUAAAAUGAAUGAAUAACUCGGGCGCAUAAAAUAGGCAUCACGCUUAUAUGCAACUCGAUUGACGUGAGCUGUCAACUUAAUUCUGUCGGGUUAUUGGCUAAUGUAACAUUUUAGAAGGAUUUUUUAAAUUUCGAGCUAAAAUUAACGUGUGUUCCAUAAAUUUUAUGCCUUUUGAUUACCCCUCUAUUUCCUUUUCGGUGAAUAAGAAAAUUAUAGGUAUAACUUAAAAUAAACUUAGAUUGUCCCUCUAGGCUAAAUUUUCAACCUGUUUAGUGUACUUAGGGUGUAGUGACUAAAUCCCCUAAUUAUGUACACUAUACACUAGCCGCCCCAUAACUUCGUCCGCGUGGAACCUUUCUCAUCCUAUUAGGGUUUGAAUUUUCAAAAAGUCCAUAUAUCUAGGUACAUUGACUAGAACAAAAUUUCAACUUUAAAGUCUCGCGGUUUGGAUUGUGCGCUGACGUGGUAGUAAAUUAAUCAGUUUGUCAUUUUAUAUAAUAUUCUCAUCACAAAAUAUUAACACUUCCGAAACAUGAGUAUCAUUAAAUUUUGAAUUUCGAACAUCAAUAUUAUGAAUUAAAAACAUUGUAAUACACUGUAAAGUGACAUUUGCUUUUUCCUAAAACUUAUUUUCAAAUUUUUAUGAAAGACGUAAGUUUAUUACGAGGUGUUUCGGUUUUUUGAUGAGAAUGAGAAGUGUAUAUUGAAAUUUGAGUAUUUGUCUCAAAAUGCAUACUCCAUUUAAGUGUUGUGAUACGAGUGACUCGUAGAGCGGCUACAUAUCGUGGACCGUCGAUCGUGCAAUGUUGUAACAAAAUGUAUAAAGAUUAUUAUUAUUUAGAUAGGAAAAGGAAUUAUUAUGUCAUCGACCAUCGCAUUCGAUUUAAGUUUUGUAUAUAUAGAUUUAAGGUAAAUAUGAAUCUGCAUUGCUAGUUAUAGACAUUUAUAUAAAACUUUGGCCUAUAAAAUUCAACCAUCGAUUUAAGAUGUACAAAAAAUAAUGUUUAAAAACUUUGCGCAUAAUUUUUGUCAUAAUGGUUUGUUUAUACGUAUAUAUUAUUAUUUAGAAAAGUGUACCUCUAUUAUUUCGGCCUAAAGUACACUAAUGUUUAUAACUAACAAAGUAGUAUCUUUUACAUUAACUAAAUAAUGGUGUUUGGUGUAAGAUAGGUACCUAUCUAAGCUUCUGCACAUUUCAAUCGAAUAUAUAUUUAUAUGCAAGUGUCAAUUUAGCAUUUUACAAACGUUUGGCAAACGUAUUAGACUAUUUUUCAUAAAUUUGUUAAUUUUUGUCACACUUGUUUGAUUUACCAAUUGCAAAAAAAGUAAAAAUAUCGAACCAAAUUCCAAUUGUCGACUAAAUAUGUAAAUAUGUGACUGGCAAAUAUAGUGUUUUAUAUGGACCUUGGGUCAUUGUUUUGAUCACAAAAUGUUAGAAAAAUAUUUACUCUAGCAAUUGGUAAAGGGAUCAUACACUAAGCACUUAUUACGUCACUUUGAAAAUAAAUAUGAUUACGUCCAUUAAACAAGCAAUAUUAUUACGUAUAUAAAAACGUGUAUAUGUAACAUUGGAGUAGACAAAGCAACGAAUUUCAAAAGAUCACUUGGAAACACAAUUAGUAAGUAUUGAAAUUUCAAGACAAAAAUAUCAGUCUACUAAAUAAAGAAUAUUGAAUAUACUAUAGAAGGCGUUUAUGUCUAUCACCUAACGCGUUGGUCUAACAAAGCUCGUGUGAAACGCGUUUACUUAGUUCAUCAUGAGAUGUAUAAUGUCUUCUUAAAGACACAAUAAAGUAUUAUUGUGAAAUAAGAACUAGGUUGAGUUUCUCUGAAAUAGAGAGCUUUUAUUAACACACUUAUUUUAUAAGUAAUUACAUUAUUUCUAUAUUUAAUAACUAAAUCUCGACUGAAACAGAGAAACAACAUUCGAAGCAAAUAAUUUCACAUUCAGAAUCUAUCUAGUUUUACAUAACCUUUUCUAGAAAAUAAAUGUUUUUGACAUUUGAUCAGACAUAUAGUAUUUUCCAAUGCUUUUUUUU